AUGAAGAAAUCGUUGGGAUUGACUCUGCCAUUUUGUUCCUUGCGCCAUCACCGUGGAAGAGAACUUUCGUUUGAACGAGCAAAACCAAUAGUUGAGAAAAUAUUUCUUCGAAAAACAUUAUCGUUUUAUCAUCAUUCAUUAAUCCGAUUAAAUAAUUACUCGGACAAUAUCCAUGAAGAUAAUCAUAGGAAGUCAUCAUCAUCGGAGAGAAAAAAUUCAAAAUUGGAUUUAGAACCAGCAGGAUGGGUAAAUCCUAACGCCGCCAAUACAUCAACAACGAGUAAUAACUUCAACACAACCACGAAUCAAUCUCCUCUCAACAACAACCAGCACAUCUCCAAUGAUGAUCUUCGGGAGAGAAUUACUCUUCUAAUUCAAUCAUUUAUCAAAAAGAAUGAAAAGCUCAGGUCAGAUUUCAAUUCUUCCCGAUCCUCAUUGUCUGGUAAUUCAGAAGAAAACACAAUGGUUCCAAAUUUGAGUUUGUAUUCUUCAUCUAAAUUGGACAACAUGACGUUCACAAUAUGUGAUAGAAUAUACAUGCUUGUACAAAGAUAUGGUGAAUAUCUUUCAGAGACAACUAUUCACAAAGUAAUUCAGCAUUUUACAUUCAUGGAGCAUUACAAAUUUAAUGUGUUACUUGUGUUCUCAUAUUUGCACUCCAUAGACUAUGGAAAAGAAAAUGACAACAUCAACUCCAGUACAAAACAAAGAAAGAAUAUUAAUUUGAAAUUGUCUCGCAGCUAUGAUCCUCUAUUUGAAUCGUAUUCUGCUCUCUCCGUUUUUGAAAAUAUGACCUCUCUUGGAAGAGGCAUUUUGAAUUCGAUACGAAUCGACGAAACAGCAUCAUCUUCUGGAGAACAGAAACCAUUCUUGGAACAUUUAAAAAGUACUCUUGACCUGAGAACUCAAAUAAUGAAUUCAUUUGUCUAUCACUUCUCUCGAAACAAAGGACCAACAAGAUUAUUAUACAGAUUUAUUAGUGAGGAACGAGCCUAUAGAAUUGAAUUAUUUCACAAAUAUUCCCAAUUUUAUUCUUCAAACAACAAAGCGGGCAGCAUUUCUCACGAAAUAUUUUCAGAAAAUUUUGAUAUCAUUUGGGAUUCCAAGACUCUGUCUUCCUAUUUAAUGAACCCUACUAGUUUAGAGAUUUCACAACGAUUAUUCGACAUGCUGGUUGCUAGUAAUACCGUGACAAGAAAUGAGUUAUCGGAAAUUAUCAAAAAAUAUAUAUUUGAGUUUAAAGCACCCGAAAAGGCAGAGCAUUUGCUUUUAAGUCUCCGAAACAAUCCUAAAAGCAACGUUAAACCCACAUUUGAAGAUUUUGCCUUAAUCAUGGUUGGCUAUAUUAACACCAACCAAGCAGGGAAAGCAUUUUUAUGGCUGAAAAAACUCCUUGAUUCGAGCAGAAUUAGACAUAGGUCCUACGCUAAAGCGGAGCUUGCAAAUUUUGCCACAAUGAUUACCAUUUUGAUUAGACAUAGCAAUACUGCAAACAAUACUGCCCUAAUUGCCAACAUCACAGCUGACAUAUUCUUCCGUUCCGUUGAUUCAGACAGCUCGUUCUUGCUCGAACUAUUGCAAGAAGUUAGAAAUGACAGACAAAGUACGAUGCAUCUUUUUCAGUUUGCUCUCGCCUUCCAUGAGCAUUGGUCCAAAUUGAUUAAGGAAAAUCCAAACACAAAUCACAAGAAAUCGCUUAUCGAUGAAAAUAUUGAAAAGUUCUUGCUGCAGCAAUUCGGCACGUCGCCACAUACGCCAAUGGUCAUUGAUUUUUUGAACUCGGCAAAAGAAUCAUCAACCAAGUCAACCACAAUAACUAGUCAUUAA